GUAAAUUCUUUCAUUGCGUAGUUCACUUUCAACGUUAAAGAAAGAUGUUAUUUCAGCCGCUAACUGCCAUUUGACGAGUCUUACUCAGGAUCUGGUCCUUAAAGUAAGUUCAAUUUUGUUUGUGGAAAAAGCGGAACAUGAUCAAAGCCGAAGCGGUAAAAAAAUCAAAACGUUUAAAAGAUUUGAACCUUCAGUUGAUCUUGAUUGUCACGAGAACAGACAUUCAACGAAAGCAGCGGAUUCGACUUAAGUUGACUCGUUAUUCUGGUUCGUAAUAAUCGUACUAUACAUUACGUAUUAAUAUCAUUUUGCAAGGACUCUCGAGGCAACCCGUGAAUUUCAUAAUAGGUAAUUUUACAUGAUGCAAUAUGUAUUCACAUAAUUUUGCCAGGACUCUCGAGGCGAAUGUGGCGUUAAUUUCGUUGAUGAAAGGGAUAACAGUAAAUUGUUCAAGAAUGUAUGUUCAGACAAGCCCUUCAAAGUGUUUCAUGAUUUUUCGUGAUGCGAUUUUUCAAAAUUCGACUGAUGUUUUCACUGCCAUUUUUUUUGUUUUGAUCAGCCCAUCGAACACCCAUUCGCCGCCUCCUUAACUUGCCACGCAUGAACCAAUAAUCAUCAGAACAGAUAUACCAUGCUAGUGAACACAUUCUGAGGGAGUCUAAAUGCGCCUUACUAGUAUUUUAACUUUUUCCGCCUUCCCAAAGUAAACCUACAUCAAGCAGUUUUUCUCUUGAAAUAUUUCAUAAAGGGCCAUGAACUUAUUUAUCGAAAAAUGAUCUCACCAUGCUCAGUUUUUUAAAUAGCACAUUCGUUAAGAGCAGUUUUGUCAGUUUUCUCCUAUGAAAAGCGUUUUUGACCUGGCGUUUACAAAACGGCGAAAUUGAGUCUUAAUAUUCUUCUACCGUUUUAAGCGAUUCUUAAAUCAACCCUGGAGCACUUUGUCUACAGCCAUUACAAAAUAUUUACUAGUCCACGGCUGAGAGCCAAUGGUAAGAACCGUUUGCCAUUUGCCGUAAACAGAACUGCUUCGUCACACUUGAAAGUAAACAAACUGAAAUUAUAACGCUCGAAACGCCAGCUUUACAAAUGCUGUUCGAUAGCAAAAUUUACAUUAUCAACUUAACGAUAAAUCAAUUUCCUUGUAAUAACCCCAACCGACGCAGCACCACAGUUUCUUUAUAAAUGUACCCCUUAUAAACUGACUGGGAGAUGAGUCCUACCGCUUACAGUCUUAGUACUGAUUUUUACGUAAAAAUGAAAGCCGCACAGCCGCGAUAACUGGCGCGGGAUCUUCAAGUCAGGGGUAACCCGCUUCAAAGUGCGCAAAGAACUGUUAGCCAGUAUGCGGUCGACACUUAAACUGCUGUAUUAUUUGUCACAGUAGGUCUGAGCAAAAAGUCACUGUGAUUAUUACAUUGUAUUGACUUCUACUAAACUGAAUUGUGGAGAGUAGUUCAUAUCCACCUUUGUUUACGGGUGAAUAUUUACUAACACUGUUAUUACUGAAUCCAUAGCGAAGAUGUCAGAAGAGGUAUCUCAGCGCCAAACACUACAUCUUAUUAUUCUUGGCCUUAAGAGGUACCAUGGACUCGAAUCGUUUUAUCGUCUUCGACAAAUCCCUCCCAGCUUGAAUAGUGCAAUGGAACAUUCUACAGUUCAUUGGCCAUAUGUCGUCAUUCACUAUCAACUGGGAAUUGAAUUAUACCCCAGUUAUGAAAUAUGUCGCUGGGAGAUGAGUCCUACCGAGGCUGGAUUUUCUGUUGUGAGUAAAUCAAAUUUAAAACAGUGCCUGCUAAAAAAACGUCUCUGGUACUUGAUCAUCAUCUCUCUGUUGAAAGUUAUCUUUGUCUUUUCGUUAAGCAAAUAUUACCUAAAUACUUUCUCAUUCAACGUCUUCGCAUUCUACGAUGUCGAGGAGCUUUGAGAGGGUUGAGACUUCUCUACUCCACUAGCGGUUUUAAGGAUUGAGCAUGUUUGGAAGGAGGGGUGAGGGGGGGGGCAGCACGCCUCAAAGGUGAGGUUGAGAUAUUUUUUGACCGAAUCUAGAGAUUUCUUCGUGGAUGUUAUUGAAGGUUUUAUGCUAGGUUAAUGUCAAUGAUGUACAUAUUCUCGUUUUCUUUUGCAGACUAUUGGCCACCUCAUCAAACUGCCGUCAGUCAAGACCCUAAAAAUAAAAAUAAUAAUUAAAAAAAAACUUAAAAGCGAAAAACCUCAAUACACUCUUACUAUGCUAAAUUGAGAAUUUUGAGUUCACGUUCAGGUGUUAAAGACAUAAUAUUCCAUGUGAUUUUCUCUAGAACCGUGGAGAGUAUCUGAUUGAAGUGAAUAUCUCAUCACCAGCAGUGAUAUUAACCGCAUCUCAGGACCGUUUCACCGGACUGGUCACCCUUCUUCUUCCAUCCGUCAGACCAGAGACCUUCUCUCACACAGUGCGGCUUUAUACCUCUAUGGAUAGGAGCCGAAAUGUCGCUUAUUUUCAAAAGCUCUUUUCGGUUCCAGGCCCCCGUCUUGAGGAAUUUCUGGAGGGAUCUGGAAUUGAGCAACCCAUCAGAAAACUAAGACCGAAAGGUUUGUAUCUUUUCCAUUGAUAAGGAACUUCAUUCAGAUGAAUUGAGGCGUGUAAGGAAUUGCUUUUAGUAGUAGGGUGGGCAAAAUGUAAAUUUUUUGGAGAGGAUAUCUAGCUUCAGAUGGAAACCCAUAUAUAAUAAUAAUGGCUCGAGUUAAGCUUUGCCACGAAUAUUCUUUCAACACUAUAUAUGAUGAUAGCGCUGGAGUGUAAGUGGUAACCUAUCCAUUAUUUCUAAGGUACAGUGAAUUCAAUCUCACUGGUUGCUGUCAUAGACCAGUAAAUGACUUCUUAUCUCGUUUGAUUCAUAGGUUUGUGGACCAGCCCCAUGGGAAUGUCUAUGGUCGGUCAUUUUCAACGCCUGGCAGAUAACGGUGGGUUUAAUCAUUUCUUUAGGAGAGAAAAUCAGAACAUUGCUUUUUUUCAUUUUUACCAAUAAAAAUCUUAUUUUUGAUCAGGGGACCAUGUGCGUUUUACUAGGCACAAAAAAUUGCUCCAGAUGUAUAUUGACAGGAAUCCCCGGUUCGUGGACUUGCUACCAUUGAUAUUGUAUGAAGUGAGUGCUUUAAAUUUUUCCAUUUCAUUUUUCCUGUUCUUCUAAAGUUUUGGUCUUUAUUAUACAUGAUGAUGACGCCAACUCGUCAUCACCUGAGUUGUUUAUUUUUUUUCAAAUAAGCACAACGAAAAGAACCAUAUCUCAUCAGGAUCACAUGCACAGUAUUCUGGUGGCUUCCUCUGUCAUGAUUUAGAAUAAAUGAAAACCUAAGAACGCGAAAGUAGUUGCUUGCAUGUUCUCUGGGGGUAGGAGAAGGAAUUUUUUUUUUUUAUUCGAAGAAGUGUGUUAAAUUUUCAAACCUACUCUUCUCGGGGAAAUUAACACAGUUAACUAUGCCGAGGGGUCAGAUAGUUCAUUUUCUUAUACCAUUUUCCUCUAGGAAACCUUACUGGAUUUGCAUGAGAACAGACAUGAGGACGCAAAGAAACACGCCAAUCAGGCCUUGGAGACUUCCCAAAGAUUUCAUUCACCUAAUCAUUGCUACAUCCUUUCCAAGCUCAGAUAUGUCGAGUCUGCCUUAGCUCGUAGAAAAGGAGACUAUGAAAGGGCUAGGGAGUGCCUGGAUGUUUCUGUCGAGGUGAGGGUAUUAGAGAUACAUUCAUGAAGUCUAAUCGACAUCAUUUUAUAGAAUUUUCCCCGAAGCAGUCUACCACGAACUUGAAUCCCAAGCCGGUUUUGAACUUAUCAAUAUCUGGUUAUUAUAAUGUCCAACUGACUUGCGUUUGAUUAUCAAAAUGCCCAAACUUAAUUUCAAUCUUUGAAUUCUAGCUUCUGUGGCCCUGUGCAGCGGGCGAGGAAACAGCAGAAAAUAGAUACUUCUAUGCAGCAUUUCUUGCAGAGAAAUCAGCAAGAAUCGGUAUUACGGCUCAAGAAGAGACCUUGGCAGAGCAGUAUUUUCAAGAUGUUCAAAAUCAUUUGAUUGCCGAUACAAGGCCUAUCACCAAUCGCUGCCAGAUCAGAUCAAAAAACAGGCAGCUCGCUUUCUACGUCAAAUCUUCCAGGCAUGUGAAACACCUUGACGUCCAGAGAGUAGUUCCUGAGCCACAAAUGGCCAAAGCACAGCAACUGAUCCGGGAGAUAGAAACACAUCACUUAGUGUACUACCAGAGUAAGCCGCGCAUGAGUUUUGAUAUCGUCAAAACAGACUACUUCAUCCGAAGGGGAAACUAUGCUCAAGGUGAAAAGACUUUACAUCUAACACGAUGAUUAGCUAUUCCAUAUAUAAUGGGAGUGAAAAAUACCUUCAGUUGUAAAAAAAACUGCCUCGGAUAACAUUUGAGUUAAAUGUAACAAGAGAUGAUUUUGCAAAUACAUGUAAAAAUCAUUGACCAAAGAGGAGGUAAAUAAAUGUUCUGGUAUACUGUACACCUCACGGAAACCAGAAACUUAGGUUAUUUCGAUGGAUGUACCAAAGCUUGAAGGGUGAGUUGUUGAACUCUUCAUGCGCGAUUUUGUCUCCUUAGCUGCUCGGCGGUAAAUAGUACCAGUUAAUCACCUCUGAACUAGUAUUUGCGUAUGUGGUAUGUACAAAUAAUAUCAAAUACAACUUGGCUUAUAACACCUGGUAAUAAAGCUAUUGAAUAUACCAGAUAAGGAAAUAAUGAUUCAAGGCAAGAGAAAAUAAUGGGACACUAUAUUCUUUUAUUCAAAGGCAGCAACAAAAUUAAACUUUUCAAAUUUUCCAGAAAGAAACAUUUACAUUAAAUUAUUAUUAUUUUAUUAUCAUUUUCAUUUCAAAAGGAAUAGAGCCUUCCGCAGAAGCCUUCCAGAUUGCCGAAGAGAAAGCCUGGCACGAAUACAAGGAUGUGGCUCGUGAGAGACUUCACUUGUGCAUUGGAAGGAUGACGUGACUCGACUAGUGGGGAACAAAACCACACAGAGAAAGAAAAGAUGUUACAAGGAAUGCAAAGUUAUUAUGGUUGGAUUGGAAUAUUGGGAUAAUUUUAGAGAAGCCAUGCUAACUUGUAUGCUGGUACUUUUCCAUAUGGCUGAAAAUGUAGAAACAGGAAUGAGCCAAGCUUUCUCGUUCAUAAAUUAUUUUAAAGACUUCGUAAACGCUCUAGAUCAUAAUUUAUAUUACUUUUUCGCCAUGGUAGUAAGAAUAAUAAUUGCAGGAAUAAUUAUGU